GUCGAGUCCGCGUCCACCCGCGAGUACAACCUUCUUGCAGCUCCUCCGUCGCCGGUCCACACCCGCCACCAGUUCGCCAUGGAUGACGAUAUCGCUGCGCUCGUCGUCGACAACGGCUCCGGCAUGUGCAAGGCCGGCUUCGCGGGCGACGAUGCUCCCCGGGCCGUCUUCCCCUCCAUCGUGGGCCGCCCUAGGCACCAGGGUGUGAUGGUGGGUAUGGGUCAGAAGGACUCCUACGUGGGCGACGAGGCCCAGAGCAAGAGAGGCAUCCUGACCCUGAAGUACCCCAUUGAACACGGCAUUGUCACCAACUGGGACGAUAUGGAGAAGAUUUGGCACCACACUUUCUACAAUGAGCUGCGUGUGGCCCCUGAGGAGCACCCUGUGCUGCUCACCGAGGCCCCUCUGAACCCUAAGGCCAACCGUGAAAAGAUGACCCAGAUCAUGUUUGAGACCUUCAACACCCCAGCCAUGUACGUAGCCAUCCAGGCUGUGUUGUCCCUGUAUGCCUCUGGUCGUACCACUGGCAUUGUGAUGGACUCCGGAGACGGGGUCACCCACACUGUGCCCAUCUAUGAGGGUUACGCGCUCCCUCAUGCCAUCCUGCGUCUGGACCUGGCUGGCCGGGACCUGACAGACUACCUCAUGAAGAUCCUGACCGAGCGUGGCUACAGCUUCACCACCACAGCUGAGAGGGAAAUCGUGCGUGACAUUAAAGAGAAGCUGUGCUAUGUUGCCCUAGACUUCGAGCAAGAGAUGGCCACUGCCGCAUCCUCUUCCUCCCUGGAGAAGAGCUAUGAGCUGCCUGACGGUCAGGUCAUCACUAUCGGCAAUGAGCGGUUCCGAUGCCCCGAGGCUCUCUUCCAGCCUUCCUUCCUGGGUAUGGAAUCCUGUGGCAUCCAUGAAACUACAUUCAAUUCCAUCAUGAAGUGUGACGUUGACAUCCGUAAAGACCUCUAUGCCAACACAGUGCUGUCUGGUGGCACCACCAUGUACCCAGGCAUUGCUGACAGGAUGCAGAAGGAGAUUACUGCCCUGGCUCCUAGCACCAUGAAGAUCAAGAUCAUUGCUCCUCCUGAGCGCAAGUACUCUGUGUGGAUUGGUGGCUCUAUCCUGGCCUCACUGUCCACCUUCCAGCAGAUGUGGAUCAGCAAGCAGGAGUACGAUGAGUCCGGCCCCUCCAUCGUGCACCGCAAAUGCUUCUAGGCGGACUGUUACUGAGCUGCGUUUUACACCCUUUCUUUGACAAAACCUAACUUGCGCA